AUGGCACCGCGUCGCUCAGCGCGCCUGAGAGGCAACACCCCGGUCACUGAGGACCAGUUCCCAGCUGUCCCCACCACUACCCCCGCAAAACUCGCGCCUGUCGUGGAAAAUGACGAGACAAGAACUAAUGACACUGACGCCAAAACAAUCACCACCCCGAAGAGCUUGUCUUCGAUGAAAAAAGCCAUACUGUCGCCCAAUGGAAAACAAUCCAUCAAAACACCAUCGACUGUCGGUAGUGCACGUCCACCUCGUGAAGAAAUGCACCCUAGCAAAGCACAAAAGAGCACAACCAAAAAAGCAGACUCUGGCCUUAUUCUUGGCUUUCAGCCCGUUAGACGCGACUCCAGUGGAAAUGUCAUCAAAGAGACCGUAGCCUCCAACACACCCUCGAAAGUUCUAUCUUCACCCCCAAGCAACCUGGGCACACCAUCCAGGUUCGGGUUUAAAUUUUCGAGCGACGAUGCCCAACUCAGUGAAGAGGCAAGAAAACUGAUGGAGAGCGUUCGUGAUGAUGUUGCUAGAAUCAAGGCACAGAUGAUACUCGAGCGAGGCGAACAGCAGCGAAAGGCAGAAGCCGGCGAGCAGACACGAGAGGGAAGGAAAAUUGCCAAGCCCAAGGGCAAGGUAGGACGCUACAGCGACGCUCAUAUGGCAGAGUUCAAGAAGAUGGACUCAAUUGCUGGCCAUCCCUCUGCUUUUAGAGCCCAGCCAGGUCGUUUCACUCCUGUCACCAAGUCACUGAAGCGAAAGAGCUCGAAGGCAUUGCUUGACGAGCCAGAGACCAAACCUUCACCUUCAAAGUCUCCUCUCGUUGGAGCUAAACGCGUGAAGCGUACCGAAAUUCAGACGACUUCCACCACCCGUCAGAUAGGAAAUAUUGGUACUCCACGAAAAACGGCCAUUCCUCAGCCUAGCAGAUCGACCUUCCGUAGCAGCUCUUUGAUGACUCCUACGAGGUCCUCGGCCGCUCGUUUUGCAUCGGCACGGCCUGUGAAGACCUCCAUGAUCCCUUCCCUAGCCGAUUCUUCAGCAUCCCGUCAAGUUGUACCCCAAACCCCAAAGACCGACUUCAACCCCAGACUCAAGAAAUCGCUGCCAAGUCUUGGAAAUUUGAAGUCAAUCUUGAGACGUCGUCAGCCGCUUUUUUCUAAUGACCCUACAAAGAUUGCCGCAGGAACGCAUAUUACAGCUCCAAAUUUCAAUCCUGACAUCAACUUGAAGGAUCUUCCGACGGCAAAUUUUAGCGGUAUCGAACAAACGCCUUCUCCCAAGAAACGUGUUGAAUUUACAUCAAGCACAAAGUCGCGCCGUGAGUCGGUUCUUGCUACAUCAACAGCAAUUGAGUUCGCACCCGAAGCUGCCGCUGCCUCCAUGUCCGAUAUUGUGUAUCCAACUCUCCCAGAAACGAUGACACCGGAUAUGGAAGUCAUCGAUACGCCUACCAUCCGACGUGUUCGUGAAUCAACUUCCGCUGCUCUCAGUAGUCCUCUUGCGACGAUCCCGGCUAUACCCCAUGGACUUUCGAAUAAAGAGUGCAAGCAUGACAGUGAGAAAGAACAAGCCGCGAAAUUCUCCUCUCCAGCUUUUAAACCGACUUUCUCGGCUCCUUCUAUAGCCAGUCCUUUCCCUAAAAUGCCAACAGUGCCUCAUGGUAUAUCGAACGAGAAGCGUUCACGUGAGGAGCACAGCAAAAGGCCCGAUAUUAAAUCGUCUGCGAUGCUGAAGACGACAUCUUCACCUCUGAAGGCAAAGAGUCCGUCAGCCAGUCUACUUGCAGUGCCUCAUGGUAUCAAGAACAAGAAGCGCCAGCGUGCAGACAUGAGCGAUGACGAAGACACUGAGAACAUCCCACCUGCUGGAAAUUCUGCUGACCAUCAACGCAAUGCCAAACGUUUGAAGGCCAGCCCCGUGAAGUUGAAUCCAGUCAGCCCUAGUCCCAUCAAGAACCGCCCCAUCAUUACUCCUGGGCGCAUGACAGGAAACCGCAGCCGAGUUGGUACUCCCAGCACUGCAUCCAAGAAGGGUGUUCUUAGCUUGAGCCGCUUGAACAUGUUGUCCAAGCCCAAAUCGCGUUCAUAA